AUGAUUGCCAGUUCAGAACUUCUACCCAAUGAAGAAGACGUCAAAGAAGUACUACACGGUGCACACAAUAAAUUCUUGAAUGAAGUUGAAAAAGAUAUAAGCCGUUCGAAAUUCAUUGAAAAGAAAUGGCAGAAAGCUUAUAUUGGUAAUUGUCGUCGUCUUCGUGAUGAAAUGUAUGAAUAUCAAUUUGAAUUUAUUCAAGGCACACUAGCUAAAGUUAAUAGCGCUUUACUUUUGAGUGAAACUGAGAAAGAUGCUGCCAAACGUACUGAUCUGUUCUUAGCAUUUCAAAUGAUCUUCGAUGAUAUUGCUGUUCGAUGUACACACGUUGAUAAUCAAUUAAAAAUAAUACUGAAAGCAGUUGCUGAUCAAGAUCCAGACUUUUCAAAGAAAUAUAUUUGCUUUAUGGGUGUUAGUAUCGGAACCGCAGUUGUUGCUGGUGCUAUUGGUGCUGUACUAUUGUCAACUGGAAUUUGUGGUGUCUCAGUUGCUGCAAUUCCAGUUUUAAUUGUUGCUGCUGUUGCACUAACUGCUGCAGCCGGCUUUUUUCUGUACAGAAUGUGGACAACAAAGACGAAACUGCAAACAAAGGCAUACGUUUAUAAUUGGGCAGCUCAAUGUUUUCCAACAUUUGGUAAAUUGGGACCACACGAUAAUUGUAGUGAUAAAGAAUUGGAAGAUAAAUUUCAUAAAAUUCUCUGUACAAUGAGAGCAGAUGAAGAUGUAUGG